CUGGAGCUCAUCUGUGGCGAGUGGCUUUUCCGCAGGGACCGUCUCCACGCCUCCCUGGCUCCUUUGUUUCCCUUCGCGCCGCCUUCACCUGUUGGGCGAAUACGCAGCACCAUGAAGGUUCUGGGGCAUAAGAUAGAAUUGUUCCCAGGGCUGCUGCUGCAGGAAGUGACCAUGGCGGGGAUGCACGAGCUGCGCUUCACGGAGGAGAAGCCGCUGCUGCGAGGCCAGGAGACUGAGCUGGAGCACUCGGAUACCUUCCUUUCCGCGGUGGACACGGACUGGAAGGAGCAUGACAUUGAGACCCCGUACGGGCUGCUGCAUGUGGUCAUUCGGGGGUCCCCGAAGGGAAACCGCCCGGCCAUCCUGACCUACCAUGAUGUUGGACUCAACCACAAGCUGUGCUUCAACACCUUCUUCAACUUCGAGGACAUGCAGGAGAUCACCAAGCACUUCGUGGUGUGUCACGUGGACGCCCCGGGGCAGCAGGCCGGAGCCUCGCAGUUCCCCCAGGGGUACCAGUUUCCAUCCAUGGACCAGUUGGCCGCCAUGCUCCCCAGCGUGGUCCAGCACUUCGGGUUCAAGUACGUGAUCGGAAUCGGCGUGGGAGCCGGAGCCUACGUCCUGGCCAAGUUUGCUCUCAUCUUCCCAGACCUGGUGGAAGGGCUCGUCCUGAUGAACAUUGACCCCAACGGCAAAGGCUGGAUUGACUGGGCAGCCACCAAGCUCUCUGGCCUGACCAGCUCUUUGCCUGACACCGUCUUAUCUCACCUCUUCAGCCAGGAGGAGCUGGUGAGCAACACGGAGCUGGUGCAGAGCUAUCGGCAGCAGAUCGGGAGCGUGGUGAACCAGUACAACUUGCAGCUGUUCUGGAACAUGUACAACGGCCGCAGAGACCUGGACAUUAACCGGCCUGGGACUGUCCCUAACGCCAAAACACUCCGCUGCCCGGUCAUGCUGGUGGUGGGGGACAACGCGCCUGCUGAAGACGGGGUGGUGAGUAAAGGGGCUAAGUUGGGGGGGUGUCACCCCCCCGCUCGGAUACUUGGAUACCCCCCCCGGGCCUGGCGUCAGCGUGACACUCGUGGUCUCCUCCGCCCACAGCUCUCUGGCCUGACCAGCUCUUUGCCUGACACCGUCUUAUCUCACCUCUUCAGCCAGGAGGAGCUGGUGAGCAACACGGAGCUGGUGCAGAGCUAUCGGCAGCAGAUCGGGAGCGUGGUGAACCAGUACAACUUGCAGCUGUUCUGGAACAUGUACAACGGCCGCAGAGACCUGGACAUUAACCGGCCUGGGACUGUCCCUAACGCCAAAACACUCCGGUAA